CUCACCUUCUUAUGAAAAGUCACAUGAACGUGAUAGGUCAAGGGAUGUUGAAGAAAAUAGGGCAUUGAAAGAAGAAAAUUCAGCUUUGAGAUCCCAAGUCACUUUGCUUGAAGAAAGACUAGAACAUCUUGAGAGGACUCAAUCUAAUGUUUUGCAGUCAUCUGCAGUAGCAGACCUCCUGACCUACGUAAACAUUGCCGAUGAUGAUAUUAAUAUCAAUGAAUAUAAUGAUAAAAGUCAUAAAGAUAAGGGAAGAGAAAAUUCAUUCUCACCUGGCAAGUCAUAUGACCCAACUCAAACAAGGUUUAAACAUGAACAAUUAAAAGAAGUACUUCGGGCAGCCAAGCAAUUGGCACACAAAAAUCUCCGCCUGUUAGUAAAUGAGAACAAAAGCUGGCUCCACCAGAGAGACUUUGUUGAACUUACUAUCCUUCUUGCUCUUAAGAAACGUAUUAAUAAAAGCCUUAAAUAUCUUGAUGAAGAAGUAGUUCAGUGCUUAAGACUAACUAUAAAAGCCAAAGAUGAACUUGCUGAAGUAGUAGUUGGAACAGCAUACCACUCUGACAAAAUCUCUGAGAUGGAUGAAGAACUUGCAGAGUAUGAAAGAACUAUUAAUAAACGAUAUAACAAAGGUGGUAAAGAUAAUGAGAUUUAUAAUAAUGAUCAUGUUGUUAAGGUGCAGAAUCCAACAUGGAGAUCUAAAAGGAUGGAUCUAUCAAAAUCUCCGCUCGAUGCCUCUUUUUGGACUAUUUUCUCAUCUUACGAUCCUAAUAAAUACAACAAACAUAACAAUAAUAAUAAAAAAUCAAGGCCCAGUAAUAAUAAGUUUGCUACUGAUUCUGAAUCAAGUGAUGAUUCUGGGUCUAAUAACAAUUCUGGGUUCAUUAACAAAUCUGGGUUCAACAAUAAUGACAAUUCUGGGUCCACUAAUGGUAACAAUUCUGAGUUCAACAACAAUUCUGAGUCUAACAACAAUUCUGGGUCCAACAAAUAUUCUGGGUCCAACAAUGACAACAAUUCUGGGUCUAACGACAAUUCUGGAUCCAACAAUGACAAUUCUGGAAACAAUUCUGGGUCUAACAAUGAUAAUUCUGAGUCCAAUAAUGAUGAUUCCGGGUCCAAUAACAACAAUUCUGGAUCUGAUAACACCAAUUCUGGGUUCAACAAUGCUGGGUCCAACAAUGAUUCUGGGCAAUCAAAAAAAAGAUCUGUAUCAAAAGAAUUUAGAAAUGAAAGAACUUCCAAAUCAAGUCGUCGUGAGUAUGAUAUUUUAUCCAGAAAUACUAUACGAAAAUUAACUCAAACUAAAUCUUCUUCCAAGCAUCAACGGAAUCAUAAUGUGUCUAGUGAUAAAUUUGGUAUUUGUAGCAGUGAAAAUGAAGAGGAUGGGGAUUAUGUUGAGUGA